AUGGCAGCCUCCUCUUCUUCUUCUUCUCCUCCAUGUGGAGCUUGCAAGUUUCUUAGAAGAAAGUGCGUCAAUGGCUGCAUCUUUGCUCCUCAUUUCCGCCACGAGCUUGGUGCCUCUCACUUCUCUGCCAUCCACAAGGUUUUUGGUGCGAGCAACGCUUCCAAGCUUCUCGCUCACCUCCCGGUCUCCCACCGUUGUGAUGCGGCCGUGACGAUCUCAUACGAGGCUCAAGCAAGACUUCAAGAUCCGAUCUACGGUUGCGUAUCUCAUAUUUUCGCUCUCCAGCAACAGGUUAUGAAUCUAAGAGCUCAAGUGGCUUAUUUAAGAGAACAAGCAGCUCAAAUCCUUCUCAACAACUACACUACAAGAAACCCUAUUGAAUUACCCUACGAAAAAUCUCCAUUUUAUUCUGACGACCCAUUACUAGAUCUUCAAACUUGGCUUCUGGCGGAGAGCUGCAGCGCCGCCGCACCGGAGUUUGAGCCUGCCGCGGUGCCGUACGUUGAGAUGAGUGUCGUCGAUUCAAAUCUCGCCGGAAAUUUCUGUUACUAA